AUGAGCUAUCAUUCUCGUAGGAUUGCGACACCUGGAGCAUCAAAGAAGAGGAAAGAGACAGAGCCGUUUUAUCCGUUCAAGCCGGCGCCAUCCGCCUAUACGGCUCAGCUUGGAGCUAGUAAGCCAGCUGGAGGAGCUUUUAUAAAACCAGAAAAUUCCGUUUCUUGUUCUAAUAAAUUACUAGCCGGGUACCUGGCGUACGAGUAUUUGAAACAAGGAACUUUAUUCGGGCAAAAGUUCGACCCGGGGUAUGGCGGCUCAGUUGAGUCAGCUAAGAGAGGGAAGCCGAUGGAAGUAGGGACAGGAUCGAAUGAAGAACAAAAGAGUUAUGCUGAGGUGGCAAGCAUAUUGAAGACGGAGGGGUCCCACUUACCUGGGAUUGUUAAUCCUAGUCAACUGUCUAGGUGGAUCCAGAUGUGA